GAACCACUUGCGUGAAUUGGCCUCCAGAGUAUGUACAUGUUCUACGCUCCCCCACUGGGCUCAAAUGCAACCGCAACGCAAACAGACUCUCGCAAUAUUUGUUUUCCUUUGGAACUGCGAGUGGAUCUCUUCGAUGAGUGUCGAGCCCAGAAAUAUGUUCACGUCGUCGCUCGCUGGUUGGCCGGAGUUGCUGCCACUACGAUGUUGCCUGCCGUUGCACUCGGAGUGCUCACAAAUACGGUGCUGUUAUGUUGCUUGUUGUGUAAAAUACAUCGACCACACGGUCUGGAGGUUUUCGGCUGUUUUAUGGCCUUUAUAGAUGGCGGCUUCCUAAUGUGGACCGGAGCAUACUUCUCCUUACUCUUGUUUGGGCCUCCUUGGUGGGGUGAUCGCUUCGAAUCGCCAAUCACUGGCAGCCACGUGAUGUGCAAGUCAUGUAUGUUUAUCACGGAUUUCCUCUUAAGUGCCAGACUGAACCUGCCUAUGUGUGCGGUGCUGCACGAGUUGAGGUGUGUGGACAGCGAACCAAAUCGCAAGUAUCCUAAAUUGUAUGCGUUCGCUAAGUGCGCUUUCGCAUUGGGAUUAAGUGUGAUAAUCGCAGGACCGGGAGGAAUUAUAUAUGGUGUGUGGGAACAGUCUAACAUUUACAUAUGCCACAUGGAUCCACAAUGGGGCUUGGUAUAUCACAAAUUCUAUCGCCUUCAUUCCCUUCUGUUUAGCUGUGGUUUCAUUCAAACUCUAUGUUCUCUGGCGCUAUUACACAUGCUAUGGUACCGCAUGAAAUAUGUUCGUCAUACGAAGAAAUUGCUGCGCACCGUUCCAGCCGGCGUUGAUCCGAUCAGUCUGAUCAUAUUUGGUCUGGAUUACAAGGUGUCUGAUUCAUUAAGAAACUAUCGCAUUCUCUUCUCUCAGACUAUCAUCGUCGUCGGGUGUCGGAUUCUACUGUGUGUCACUCGAAUAGUGCUUAGCUUUUUUACUCCCCUAGAAGCAGAUGCUAGUCGCAUAGACAGCGCAGCUAUGGAAGUCAUCUGGAAUUCUAGUCAGUUUUUCGAAAUUGUAACUGCUUGUUUUCCAUUUGUUAUGUGGUACACCAACUUGCCUGAAAUGCAGUGGAGACAGCUCAAAUGUUGUAAGCCGUAUAGGGGGCCGCGCAGUGUAAGAGAAGUCAGGGGCACGGACUACUCCCAGUUUUCUCUUUUCACGACUGAAGACGCAGCCACAUACGAGGCGACAUGUAUCAAGGUGAUGCAAACGUUGAAACGUCAUGAAAAUGAGCUAAUCAAAGUGCACUCUCAAUGAUAUUCUUGGUUAGAAAGGCACAUUUUGCUGAAACGUGUUCCUCAGCCUCCUUGAAUGCCAUAUACUUGGAAGGGAAUAAGUGUGACCAAGGCGAAUAUGGAACUAUCUUACCGCAUGUAGCGCCCAAAUAAUCAAGAAAUGAAGAAUAAAACACGCUUAACCGAAAUGCCUUCAGUUCAAGUCCCGUUCUCCGGACAGGGCUCCUAAACAUAGUUUACUUGAACUAUUCCGUUGCUGUCAAACACAUAGUAUUGGAACACGGUCGACCAUGUGUUCAUGAAACUGUUCCAAUGUCAAUGCGACAGCAUUUAUCCAAGGGUCUAGCAACUGCAAUAUUCCAUUAAAAAUGAUAUUUUUGACGUCGGACGAAGACGGCGAAACCAGCGGAGACCUGCGGAGACAUGGCUCAGUGAGUGCACUUGAUCGGCUGCGCAGUUGCAUUUGAGAACCGAGCAAAUCGAACUCAGCUUUUGAGAAUGUUGUGCUAGUUCAAUCUGGGUUGUUCUUUAUCGAAAGGGCCAAACUCUGAGGGCGCCUCGGAUAGUUGUUCCACACCGAAAGGACCUGCCGCACAGUCACUGGUGAAAGAAUGCGUAUUGCAUGAUCUUCAUUAAAAGAUAUGUCCAGUUCAAAGUAAGCAAGCAGGCAGAUUCAUCGAGGUGGCGAGCCUAUUCCAUCCUCGGUAAAGUUGCUAACGCAUUGACAUCACCGUUGUGUACGAAAAGUCAAAUGCAUGAACAGAAGUAAGAAGAACGUACCGGUAAGCAAACUACUGUGAUCUGAGAAGUGUCUACCUACGUGAGUACAUUAGGGUGUCGCAAGGAGAAGGAUGAACCAAUAGGGAAGCAGAGAAAUACGCACUUAUUUGUGUAAAUCUGAGGUUGUGUAUACGUGUCUGUCUAGAGUAGCCGGCAAGCUUGCUGACCGAAUACACAACACGUCUCCGCUUAAUCAUGGAAUGCAUCUAAACCAUAAUGAUUCAGUGGUUUUGGUUCUCAGUCAUUCCAGCGGAGCUGCAUGGUUUCCGUAGUUUCGUCAGUGAAGUUUGGUGGCACAUUCUCCGUUCCUCUGCUACUUGUUAAUAACCUCAGUGUGUUAACUGUGCGAUCAUUUCCCAGCCGGUAAGUGCCUGGCUCACAUG